AUGGGGAGCUCUUUAGUUCCACCCAAUUUGACUGUCCCACAAGAAAAAUCACCCUUGGUCACGCGGGAAGGAGAUACUAUUGAACUGCAGUGCCAAGUGACCGGAAAACCCAAACCGAUCAUUCUUUGGUCCAGAGCAGACAAGGAGACGGCGAUGCCAGAUGGAUCGAUGCAGAUGGAGAGCUACGAUGGGAUACUGAGGAUAGUAAACGUGUCUCGGGAGAUGACAGGGACAUACAGAUGCCAGACCAGUCAGUACAACGGAUUCAACGUGAAGCCGAGAGAAGCCCUGGUACAGCUCAUUGUGCAGUAUCCUCCUGCGGUGGAACCAGCCUUCUUGGAGAUUAGACAAGGCCAGGGUCGAAGCAUCACCAUGAGUUGCCGGGUGCUGAGAGCGUACCCAACUCGGGUGCUGACAUUUGAGUGGCGACUGGGCAAUAAAUUGCUGCGGACUGGUCAGUUUGAUGCUCAAGACUCUACCGAAUACACCGUAAGCAGUCUGUCCAGGGACAGCUAUGGGAUUUACAAUUGCAACAUCAUAAAUGAAGCUGGAGCAGGGCGAUGCAGCUUUCUCGUUACAGGCAAAGCGUACACGCCCGAGUUUUACUACGACACCUACAACCCCCUGUGGCAGAACCGGCCCCGGGUUUACUCCUACAGCCUGCAGUGGACUCAGAUGAACCCCGACGCUGUGGAUCGCAUCCUUGCGUACCGCCUAGGGAUUAAGCAGGCUGGGCAGCAGCGUUGGUGGGAGCAGGAGAUUACAGUGAAUGGGAACAUUCAGAAAGGAGAAUUAAUUACAUACAACCUGACAGAGCUGAUCAAGCCAGAAGCCUAUGAAGUCCGACUGACUCCUAUCACCAGAUUUGGGGAGGGAGAUUCGACCAUUCGUGUCAUCAAGUAUAGUGCUCCAGUCAAUCCCCACUUACGGGAGUUUCACUGUGGGUUUGAGGACAAUAACAUCUGUCUAUUCACCCAAGAUGAUACGGACAAUUUUGACUGGACGAAACAAAGCACUCUCACCAGACACCCAAAAUACACUCCAAACACUGGGCCUAUUGCAGACCGAACCGGGUCCAAAGAAGGUUUCUACAUGUACAUUGAAACGUCGCGCCCCAGGCUGGAAGGAGAAAAGGCCAGACUUGUUAGUCCUGUUUUCAGUGUGGUGCCUCAAAAUCCUUACGGAGCUACCAACACGGCGUAUUGUUUUAGCUUCUACUAUCACAUGUACGGACAGCACAUAGGAAGCUUGAAUGUUUACCUGCGGCUAAAGGGUCAGACGACAAUAGAAAACCCAUUAUGGUCCUUAAGUGGGAAUAAGGGGCAGCACUGGAAUCAGGCCCGUCUUAACAUACACCCAACCACUUCAUUUCAGGUCAUUUUUGAAGGAAUCCGAGGUCCUGGCAUAGAAGGCGACAUUGCUAUUGACGACGUAUCAAUUGUGGAAGGAGAGUGUAUGAAAACAUACCAGCCGCCCAUCAAUUCCCGAUCAGGUGCUUUUGGGACGUUAGCACAUAUAUGGCUUUUCCCAGUUCUCCUCCUCCUGUCUGUCUUAAGUCAUCAGAGGUGACCUUAUUCUGGCAGAGGCUACAAAAGAUUCACCAGGCACUGGCAUGAAGAAAGAGUCUUUGUAAAAUGGACAUUUAAAAACAAACUACCAAAGAUUCCUCCACUGACUGACUCAAACGUUUAAAAAAAAAAAUAAAAGUUUAAAAAAAAAAAUAAAAAGCACUGGGGAUAAAAGGCAUCCUGGGAGCAUAACUCGCUACGAACCACGCGUGAAAAAAAAAGUGAUCUGGCCUGAGUAAAGAGGAGAGCUGCAGGUGCUUUUGUGGUCAGUAAGAAUACAGCAUCAUCUGGUUGAACUCUGAAAAAAGAGCUAUAGAAAUCCUUGUCAAAGCACAAAGUCAUGGCUGGUUUUGUUUCAAAUGAAUAGUUUGCUUGUUACCAUGGAAACCUAAUGGCCUGCCAAAAAAAAAACAAAAAGAGAGAGAAAUAGAGAGAGAGAAAGAGAGAAACACCUUACUGUAAACAGGGUACGUGAAGAGCUGGCGUAUAUUUUCCCUUCAAGAAGGUUUUUAGUAUAGAGUUCAAUAAACGUAGGCCCUUUCGCCUUUGGCUGUCACCUCCCCUAGAGAAUAACCCUAAAUCAAAGCUGUUUAAGAUGUUUAUGUUUCAUUUUCUCAUGGCUAUGCUAGAUAACUGUAUGCCGUCUCCUUUUGCAUGCAUUACUAGCCAGGAUGUGCCACCUGGGCUUACAUAUUACACAGGCUUAUCGGAGUUUGCUUGCGGCCACUUGACCACCCCCCCUCCCUCCCCCCCAACUAAGUCAUCUGUUCUAAUGAAGUGAAGAAACCAAACCACCAUCUUUUAUAAAUUGCCAUGGAAACCAAGUGCCUUCAAUGAAACAAGCCUGAUUAUAAAACAAAAUAACGCUAAUAAUUUCAACACAGAAGCUUGCACUGCUAAAAUGUGGUUUGUCCAAACUAUUUUCUAAAACAAACUACCGAGCCUAAGAGUGCAAGCUGCAGGCAAGAAAGCAAAGCCGCUUCUGGAGAAGGAUGGACCUCGGUUGCUGCGUAAGCCCUUUUGGAUGAGAUGUUUGUUGUUUAACCUUCCAGACAGCCAUGGCCUUUCAGCUUAUUAUCCAUUAGAAAAUAGCUUCUAUUGGUCCAGAGAAUGGGAGCAACACUUUCCCCCGCCCCCCAGGUUAUCAAGUGGGUCAACCAGAGCAAAAGGUUGUUCAGAUAUACUUAGCGCAGAAGGUGGUAAAACACAAAAGUGAUUUUCUUCGUCUAACCUCCAUUUGAAAUGAAAUUGGCCCUAGCUUUAGAGAGAAGAGAAGGUGUGUGUGUGUGACUACAGUGCAUAUAUAUAUAAAAAAAAAAAUCAAAAAGAAGAAAACAAAACCAACAAAAAAAAAACAAAAACCACUCUACAGCAAAAGAGGGCCGGCAAAAUCUGGCUUUAUUCCAAACACCAAGGGUACAAUGCCUCUGCCCUUUAGUCAGACUCUUUGCAGAUUGUGAAAUAUUAUUUUAUUAUUUUAGCAAAAUUAAAAAAAAAAAAAGAAAACACUUUUACAAAAAAAUAAAACCUGUAAAAAUGAUUUUGAGCUACCUGAGUACAUGCCAUACCUUUAACCAGCCAGUUUUCCAAUGCAUUGUAAAUUUCCCUUACACACUUGGUUAUGAAAAUUU